AUGAUUGGUAUUGGCAUGCUUCAAGGUCAAGACCUCGUACUGCCAUUUGGUACCAUCACCACCUCGUCUUUAUACACCACUUUAUUUAUUAUUGCCGUUCCCUUGGGUAUUUUCGCUUCUCCUUUGAGUACUUUGUUCUGGUUGAUCGGUGCUUCUGGUGUUACCAUCUUGGGCCAUGCCACUUUGAUGGAGAAGCCAAUUGAAAGUGCCUUUGCUGAGGAGCAAGUCUAA